CUCGUCAUGGACAGGUCAGCGAGUAGAUAUGUAUACCGUGCCAGCUAUCCGGUCAAGUACUCCCUCGACACAUUCUUCUAGAGCAACCCUGAUUUCACAAUGCUGGCACUCCUAGUGUUUUUCGGCACAGCACUUGCCGCUAUCCUCUACAUCCUUGUCCUCCCCGUUGUAUACUACUUCUACGACCCCAAAGGACUCCGAAAAUACAGCAACUUCUCCCCCCUCUCUGGCCUCACCGACCUCCGCCAUUGCUACCUCAGUGCCUGCGGCUACCGUUCCAAAGGCAUAUACAAAGCGCACAAGGAGACCGGUGCUCCCAUCCUCCGUACAGGCCCUAACGCUCUCUCCUUCCGUGACAUCCGCGCGAUCCACGACAUUUAUGGCCACGGCACCAGAUGCACCAAAGACCUCAACUAUGUCAUCCUAGGCGGUACGCAUACCCAGCUCUUCGACGUGGUCGAUAAGACAGACCACUCCCGCAAGCGCAAGAGGCUCUCUGCGGCUUUCGCGAUCAAGAACCUGGAGCGGUGGGAGUUCAAGGUUGCGCAUACCACGCAGCGGCUGCUGAACGCAAUGGAUGCGCAUUGCACGAAGCCACUACUGCCUGGACAGACUGGUCCGGAUUCUGCGGAUGUAACACUGGAUUUUGGAGAAUGGAUUUAUUUCUUCACGAUUGAGGCGAUCAAUAAUAUUGCGUUGUCGGCGGAUUUGGGUAUGUUGGAGAGGGGGUGUGAUGUUGUCACUGCCCAAAGAAUGGAUGGUACGCUGUACCAGGCGCGGUAUCGCGAGGCACAGAAUAAUUCUGCACUUGCUGGGGCCGUGUUCGUGUGGGACUAUAAGCACUUUCCAUUGCUUGCGAAGCUGUCCAAGCUGAGUCCUAAGUGGUGUGAUGUUUGGAAAAAGGGAGAACCUUGGGGUGAUAUUGUCCAUCACCAAUCUGCCAUCCGACUGCAGCAAUACUUGGCUGGUGAGAAGCUGGAUGACUUUUUCUCGUCUCUGAUGGAGGAUAAGCAAGGGAAGGCAAAUAACCUCAAAUGGGGCGAGAUCAUAGCAGAGGUCGGUGCAAUAAUCAACGCGGGCGCAGACACCACGUCUAUUGCUCUGACGAACGUCCUGGAGCUCCUCCUCCACAAUCCCCAACACCUCCACACUCUCCGCCACGAACUUGACAGCGUCCUCGAUGAAGACGAAGUUACUGCCCCCUAUGAAAAAGUCAAAAACCUCCCCUUCCUUCGCGCUUGUCUUGACGAGGGUCUCCGCAUUUCCCCUCCCACCUCAGCUGGUCUCCCCCGCCGCACACCACCAGAAAAAGCGCAAAUUCUAGGCCAAUGGAUUCCAGGCGACACAAGUGUUUCGAUGACCAUCUAUGCCACGCAUAGGGACUCCAACAUCUUUCCGGAUCCUGAAGAGUAUAAGCCUGAGCGGUGGAUGGAUCCUGAGGCCAGGAAGCGGAUGGAGCCGUACUUUACACCUUUCUCUUCGGGAGCUCGUGCGUAUCUGGGAAAAAACAUCACGUAUUUGGAGCAGAUGGUAGUGUUGGCUUCGAUUGUGAGGAGGUAUGAGUUUGCGUUGAAGUCGCCGGACUUCAGGCUCGAGCGGAGGGAGGCGUUUAACUUGCUUGUUGGGGAACUGCCCGUCAAAAUUUGGAUGAGAGAAUUGGAACAACACGCCGAGGAGACAGUCCUAGAACGUGCCGAAAAGACAGACUUCCACAACCACCUCGCCGAAUCGCUCCAGCUUAGCACAGAAGCCGUCACGGAACUUUGCACCCAGGCGCUGGAUAAUGAAGAGAAUCAUCUAGAGUUGUUGAUGCUGAAGGUUAUGCACCGACCUAUCGCUUUUAACAUGCCUUCCCUUGCCUCCAUAUUCCCUUUCCUGGAAGCCAUUUGCCCAACCGAUUCUCCCACCUGGCAUAUUAGCAGAGCUCGACUACUGGAGCAUUACAAUGCCGCAUGA